AUGAGACUUGCUGAUGCUGUAACCACAGUGUUGCUGGCUGUGCUUAAACAGGGUCAGUGUGCAAAGACUCAUCAGAAGAGAAAGAGGGAAAUGUUUUGGGCCUCUUGGCUGCUGAUUAGCAGUGGAUUUCUGCUGAGAGGUGUCAGUGGACAGAACAUCACUGUGUACUCCAGACAUGGAGAUGAUGUCACUCUGCCCUGUCAUGAUGUGGGUAAUCCAAACUGCUCCUCAACCACAUGGACACUCAGCUACUGCACUGAAUUCAACAUCCGCUCUAACACACAGGACACUGAGAUGACCUCUGGUCGCGUUGUGAUUUUCUCCUGUGUGUUGCAUCCUGAUGACGGAGGGUGUAGAUCUAGUCCCCAGUCUUUUGGCCUGAACCUGAACUGGACAGUGGGUUCUAACUUCCCAGUUUCAGGCCCAGUGGGUUGUCCCAACACCCUCGCUGUGAAACUUCAGGAGGAGGACAACAACAGGACAUGGACAUGCCAGCUGACUAAAGGAGAGGAGGUUAUGGCUUCUGUUAGCUAUGUUACCAAAUGGACAGUCAGAACAUCCCCUUCAGCAGACCUGAUCAUCAGACUGACCAUUUUCUCCAUCUUGGUGUUCGUGCCUCUGAUCUUUGAAGCUGUGUUUUAUUUAAAAUGUAAACGGAGAGAUCCAGUGAAGUCAAGGUUAGCCAACAGCGUGACCACCUGCAUCAGAAGCGUUUACUUCCUUGUUUUAGAACGGACAACUUUCACACCAAAUGCGAACCACACUGGAGUUACGGUGAACCGUACCCCAGACCCACGUUUUCUGGAGGAUUCGAGAAUCAUCUCACACAUCAAGACAUCAGUGAGUCUCCACAUCAUGUGUCACAUCCCAGUGUUCUGUUGGAUUUCAGCCACUGUGCUUCAGGAAAUGCUGCGUCAAGACAAUGUUAAAGAGAUCCCUAAAACUCUGACUGAGAUGUACACACACUUCCUGCUCAUUCAGACUAAAAUGGAGAAACAGAAAUAUGAAGAGAAAGUUGAGACAGACUCAAAAAAUCUUCUGGAAUCAAACAAGGAGACCUUUCUGAAAAUUGCAAAGCUGGCUUUUAAUCAGUUGCUGAGGGGCAAUAUCAUGUUUUAUGAAGAGGAUCUGAGAGAAUGUGGCCUUGAUGUGAGUGAUGCCACAGUGUACUCUGGGAUUUGUACUGAGAUUUUUAAGGAGGAAUCUGUGCUUCAUCAGAAGAAGGUCUACUGCUUUGUGCAUCUGAGUGUUCAAGAGUUCUUUGCCGCUCUCUAUGUGUUUUACUGGUAUGUAAAUAGGAACAUGGAGGCACUGGAGUAUUUUCUGCAGGAGGAGACCACAGUAGAGCCAAACAAUGUUCCCUUGGAUAAGUUGCUGAAGAAAGCUGUAGAUAAAUCUUUGGAGAGUAAGGAUGGACGUCUCGAUCUGUUUGUCCGCUUCCUUCAUGGCAUCUCACUGGAGUCCAACCAGAAACUCCUACAAGGCCUGCUGACACACACACACAACAACCAAAUAAGCAUCAAAGAAAUAAGCCAAUACAUAAAAGAGUUAAAUAAAGAUGAUGUCCCACCUGAGAGAUGGAUCAAUCUACUGCACUGCCUGACUGAAAUGAAUGAUCACUCUCUCCAUGAAGAAAUUCAAGCUUUUGUCAAGUCUGGAAAUUACACAACUGAACUCUCACUUGCACACUGCACAGCACUGGCCUACAUGUUUCUGAUGUCAGAGGAGGUGCUGGAUGAGUUUGACCUGAAGAAAUACAACACAUCAGAUGAGGGUUGUAGGAGACUGCUCCCAGCUGUGAGGUGCUGCAGAAAAGCUCUACUCAGAGACUAUAACCUCACUCAGCAGUCCUGUGAAACUAUCGCCUCAGCUCUGAAGUCAGUGAACUGCCCCCUGAGAGAACUGGACCUGAGAAGCACUUGUUUUCAGGAUUCAGGAGUGAUGAUGCUUUGUGCUGCACUAAAGAAUCUAAAUUGUAAACUGGAAAUACUGAGACUUGCUAGUUGUAAACUCACUGAACAGUCCUGUUCAUCUAUAGCCUCAGUUCUACAGUCAGUAAACUGUCCCCUGAGAGAACUGGACCUGAGUAACAAUGACCUUCAGGAUUCAGGAGUGAAGUUUCUCUGUGUGGGACUGAAGAAUCCACACUGUAAACUGGAGAUACUGAGACUUGCUCUCUGUAAACUCACUGAACAGUCCUGUUCAUCUAUAGCCUCAGUUCUACAGUCAGUGAACUGUCCCCUGAGAGAACUGGACCUGAGUAACAAUGACCUUCAGGAUUCAGGACUGGACACAAACACAGUAAACACACACCUCUCUCUGUCUGAGGGGAACAGAAAGUUGACACGUGUGGGAAAGAAUCAGUCGUAUCCUGAUCAUCCAGAGAGAUUUGAUGACUGUCUUCAGGUCAUGUGUAGAGAGAGUCUGACUGGACGCUGUUACUGGGAGACUGAGUGGAGUGGAUGUGAAGCUGAUAUAUCAGUGACAUAUAAAGGAAUCAGGAGGAAAGGAAUGAGUGAUGACUGUGUGUUUGGAAACAAUGAAAAGUCCUGGAGUCUGUCGUGGUAUUGUAACAGUUACACUGCCCGUCACAAUAAACAGUUCACUGACUUACCUCACGACCCCUCACACACACACAGAGUAGGAGUGUAUCUGGACUGGUCGUCUGGAACUGUGUCCUUCUACAGCGUCUCCUCUGACACACACACACUCACACACAUACACACAUUCCACUCCACAUUCACUGAACCCCUCUAUGCAGCAAUGGGUGAAGUGGGCAGUGACUGUGAAGUAGCUUUUGGUAGCACAGGAGGUCCAUACAUCAGUUGUCAGUGCAACAGCAGGUGCAGGGGACAACUUGUGCUUGAUCACCGCUUUUGCACGUCUGUAAAGGGCGGAGACCACAGAUUGGUUUACGUGCGCAUGGGAUGGAACGCGUUGUAA